AUGACAUGUCUUUUCAACACCCCUCUUGUCUCCUCAGAAUUGCCACCUGUGGUGACCAAUCUGCAAAUGCUCGAGGAAAAGUCUCCUCGUGCCUUUACGUUGUCAUGGGGAGCCGCUGCCCUCCCGGAGAACAACUUCUCUGAACCAGUUGUCUACGUUCUUCAGGCGAGGACCUACUUCGGACCUGAGUUCGAGACCCGACUGGCCAGCGAAUGGAAGACAGUGGUGAUGGUGAGUAGCCCUCUGAUGCUUAAUCACCUCCCUUCUUUGACAAUUCGCCCAGGCCUCCUGGUUACAGGCAAACAACAGCCUCACUCAACAGACUCACUAUCUUCAUACUGGAGGCUGAGAUAG